GUGAAAUUGUGGACGAGUCUCUUCCAUGCUCUGGCACACAAACGACUCCAUCUGAACAUGGGAAAGACAUGCGCAGACGAGCUUUCAUUGAUAAACCGACAUCUUCUUUCACCAAUCAGCUAGGGCCUAUGCUUCCCAUCACGCGAACCACCAUCAGUAAUGAUUCAGGAGUAGAUGCCAGCAAAGGCAAUAUGCCAAUACGUGGUAUUUGUUGUGUUCGUCGAGUCGAAUGUGCUUCAGCAACGACAUCACGUCGCGCAUAUCGAGUUCGUCAUUCCACUUGCUGCUCAUCACGGCGAACUUGCUCAUCAGAACAAGACUUCUUUACGGCACCUUCGACUCGCUACCCGUCCACUCGCCAAGAUCGCCAAGAUAAAGGCAAGAGCAAUGUUGUCAAAAGCGUUCAUGCCGUCGAACCAUUGAAUGGAGAUGAACACGGGCACAUCAAAUGGUAUAAGUCGAUUGGCAUAAGGUCUACAUCACCCGAACACGAAGAGCAACAAGGGAGAGAUACACCAGUUACGCGCUCAGCAAGAAGACUCGAACCCGUCUCAGUCGGGAGGUCUCAACCUGCGGCAACUGCGAUAGGUUAUCAACAGCGCGCCAUGCCUGUAAAGAAAAGAGAAGGCAUCAUUUCGCCCGGUACAUAUCGCAGUGUAGACAUAACUUCAACGUCUGGUACGGUGUCGGGUCGACUCGCAUCUCAAGACAACGUUGCGAAGAAGUCUUCGAAGCACGGCCGGAAAGAACAAUUGCGAAGCAUACCUCCGGUCCCAAUAGCAGAAGUGUCGGCGUCGUCGUGGGACAUUUCGAGCAGGCUAAGCUCUCGAUCCAGGUCGUGCGUGUUCUCUGACCAUAUAAAGGCGGUUGACGGGGGAGGAGAUGAUGUGACCCCACCUUCCCGUCGCUCAAUCGGUGGCUCGAGAAAGAGCCACAGCUUUGACGCUGGAUUGCAUGGCGUUGAAGCUUUUGGUGGGCAACGAUAUGUUGCCGCCAGAAGGUCCAAGAUGUGGACGGAUAGCAAGUGCGAGGAUAUCAGUCGUCUGCGCACCGACAACAAGGCGCUGAGAAAGCAGAUUGCUGAUCUGCGAAACGAAUUUAGAGCGCUGAAGGAUGUGUUGCUGCAUGCAGAAUCGCAACGGCGGUGGCAAGACUGCGUAUCCUGACCUCUCAUCCUAUACAUAGACACAUCCUUAAGUGAAUCUUCACAUCCACCUCUUCAAACUCCAAAAAGGCUUUUUCUCACCUCCAACCUUCAUUGUCAUCCGAUCCAGCACCGCACUACUCCCCCUGGCUCCACUCAUCCCAACCUCCUCAUCUCUUACACCCC